GACCGAUCGUGCUUCUUAUUGACGCAGCGAGUCUCCUGCUGCUUCGUUCUCAUUGGUGGAGGAAUUUGACCUCUGAUCCCCGUCCUCCUCUUCUCCGCAGGCCAGAGGUCAAACCCAGGUCAGAGGUCAACCCAACAGCCAUCGCCCCCCCGGAGGCCGACCCAGUCGCCAGUGACCGCCAACGCGUCAGCCCGACCGCCUCCCCACCGCCAGCCCUCGACCCCGCGGCGCCCCCGACCGACCCGACCGCCAUGGCUGACCCGGCGCCCGACGACAGCAAGUUCCUCUUCCUGGACAACGACUUCCGCAACAGCGGGGUGGCGCAGGCCGACUGGUCGGCCAAGAAGAUGGUGUGGGUGCCGUCGGAGAAGGAGGGCUUCGAGGCGGCGAGCGUCAAGGAGGAGAAGGGCGACGAGCUGCUGGUGGAGCUCUCCAACGGUCAGAAGGUGACGGUGAACAAAGACGACAUCCAGAAGAUGAACCCGCCCAAGUUCAGCAAGGUGGAGGACAUGGCCGCCCUCACCUUCCUCAACGAGGCCUCCGUCCUGCAGAACCUCCGGGAGAGAUACUUCUCCAGCCUGAUCUACACGUACUCGGGCCUCUUCUGUGUGGUGGUGAACCCCUACAAGAUGCUGCCCAUCUACUCGGAGAAGAUCAUCGAAAUGUACAAGGGCAAGAAACGCCACGAGGUGCCUCCUCACAUCUACUCCAUCACAGACAACGCCUACAGGAACAUGAUGCAAGACCGUGAGGAUCAGUCCAUUCUCUGCACUGGGGAGUCCGGAGCGGGGAAGACGGAGAACACCAAGAAGGUGAUCCAGUAUCUGGCCGUGGUCGCCUCCUCCCACAAGGGCAAGAAGGACAAUCCUCCGGCGCAGCAGGCCGGAUCUCUGGCCUACGGGGAGCUGGAGAAGCAGCUGCUGCAGGCGAACCCCAUCCUGGAGGCCUUCGGAAACGCCAAAACCAUCAAGAACGACAACUCCUCUCGCUUCGGAAAGUUCAUCAAGCUUAACUUCGACGUGACUGGCUAUCUGGUCGGAGCCAACAUCGACACCUACCUGCUGGAGAAGUCCCGCUGCAUCCGACAGGGCAACACCGAGAGGGCCUUCCACAUCUUCUACUACAUGGUGGCGGGGGCCAAAGACAAGUUGAAGGAGGAGCUUCUGCUGGAAGACUUCAGCAGCUAUCGCUUCCUGGUGGCCGGACAUGUGGAGAUCUCCGGGCAGGAGGACGACGAGAUGUUCAUCGAGACCCUGGAGGCCAUGGAGAUCAUGGGCUUCACCGAGGAGGAGCGAAUAGGCAUGAUGAAGGUGGUGUCCACCGUUCUUCAGCUGGGAAACGUGAAGUUCGAGAAGGAGAGGAACAGCGAGCAGGCCACGAUGCCCGACAACACCGCCGCACAGAAGGUGUGCCACCUGCAGGGCAUCAACGUCACUGACUUCACCCGCGCCAUCCUCACCCCUCGGAUCAAAGUGGGCCGGGAGGUGGUGCAGAAGGCGCAGACCAAGCAGCAGGCCGACUUCGCGGUGGAGGCUCUGGCGAAGGCCAUGUACGAGCGUCUGUUCCGCUGGAUCCUGGCCCGAGUCAACAAGACGCUGGACAAGAGCAAGAGGCAGUCCAGCUCCUUCCUGGGCAUCCUGGACAUCGCCGGCUUCGAGAUCUUCGAGGACAACUCCUUCGAGCAGCUCUGCAUCAACUACACCAACGAGCGCCUGCAGCAGCUCUUCAACCACACCAUGUUCAUCCUGGAGCAGGAGGAGUACAAGCGGGAGGGCAUCGAGUGGAACUUCAUUGACUUCGGCCUGGACCUGCUGCCCUGCAUCGAGCUCAUCGAGAGGCCGAACAACCCCCCAGGCAUCCUGGCCCUGCUGGACGAGGAGUGCUGGUUCCCCAAAGCCACCGACGUCUCCUUCGUGGACAAGCUGCUCAACACCCACACGGGCCACGUGAAGUUCUCCAAACCCAAACAGCACAAAGACAAGCUGAUGUUCACCGUGAUGCACUACGCCGGCAAGGUGGACUACAACGCGGCCAGCUGGCUGACCAAGAACAUGGACCCUCUGAACGACAACGUGACGGCGCUCCUCAACACAUCCUCCAGCAACUUCAUCCAGGACCUGUGGAAGGACGCGGACCGGGUGGUCGGCCUGGAGACCAUGACCAAGAUGUCGGAGAGCUCAGCCCCCACCAAGUCGAAGAAGGGCAUGUUCCGCACGGUGGGGCAGCUGUACAAGGAGUCUCUGGGGAAGCUGAUGACCACGCUGCACAACACGCAGCCCAACUUCGUGCGCUGCAUCAUCCCCAACCACGAGAAGAGGGCGGGGAAGAUGGAUUCCAACCUGGUGCUGGAGCAGCUGCGCUGUAACGGCGUUCUGGAGGGAAUCCGCAUCUGCAGGCAGGGCUUCCCCAACCGCAUCGUGUUCCAGGAGUUCAGACAGAGAUAUGAGAUUCUGGCUGCUCACGCCAUCCCAAAAGGCUUCAUGGACGGGAAGCAGGCGUGCUGUCUGAUGGUGAAGCACCUGGACCUGGACACCAACCUGUACCGCAUCGGUCAGAGUAAGAUGUUCUUCAGGACCGGAGUCCUAGCUCAGCUGGAGGAGGAGAGAGACCUCAAACUGACCGUGGUCAUCAUCGCCUUCCAGGCUCAGGCCCGCGGCUUCCUGGCCCGCAAGGCCUUCAGUAAGCGUCAGCAGCAGCUGACGGCCAUGAAGGUGAUCCAGAGGAACUGCGCCUGUUACCUGAAGCUGAAGAACUGGCAGUGGUGGAGGCUCUUCACCAAGGUGAAGCCGCUGCUGCAGGUCACCAGGCAAGAGGAAGAAAUGGGUCAGAAAGACGAGGAGCUGAAGGCGGCGAAGGAGGUGGCGGUGAAGACGGAGGCCGAGCUGAAGGAGAUCACCCAGAAGCACACCCAGCUGAUGGAGGAGCGAGUCCAGCUGGAGACGAAGCUGCAGGCGGAGACGGAGCUGUACGCCGAGGCCGAGGAGAUGAGGGUCCGCCUGGAGGCCAAGAAGCAGGAGCUGGAGGAGGUGCUGCACGAGAUGGAGGCCCGUCUGGAGGAGGAGGAGGACCGGAGCCACGCCCUGCACCAGGAGAGGAAGGAGAUGGAGCAGCAGCUGCAGAUGAUGGAGACGCACAUCGCAGAAGAAGAAGACGCUCGUCAGCAGCUGCAGCUGGAGAAGGUGGCCGUGGAGGGAAAAGUGAAGAAGCUGGAGGAGGACGUUCUGGUGAUGGAGGACCAGAACAACAAGCUGCAGAAGGAGCGGAAGCUUCUGGAGGAGAGGAUGGCCGACAUGAGCUCCAACCUGGCCGAGGAGGAGGAGAAGUCCAAGAACCUGAACAAGCUGAAGACCAAACACGAGUCCAUGAUCUCAGACCUGGAGGUGCGUAUGAAGAAGGAGGAGAAGGGCCGCCAGGACAUGGAGAAGGCCAAGAGGAAGGUGGAGGCGGAGCUUGCUGACCUUCAGGAUCAAAACGCCGACCUCCAGGCCCAACUGGCCGAACUCCGAGCACAGCUGGCUGCCAAGGAGGAGGAGCUUCAGGCCACACUGGCUCGCCUGGAGGAGGAGUGCAACCAGCGGGCGGCGGCGGUGAAGCGCGUGCGGGAGCUGGAGGCGCAGCUCUCCGAGCUGCAGGAGGACCUGGAGGCCGAGCGGGCGGCGAGGGCGAAGGUGGAGGCGGCCCGCCGGGACCUGGGGGAGGAGCUUAACGCGCUGCGCACCGAGCUGGAGGACAGCCUGGACACCACCGCCGCCCAGCAGGAGCUACGGGCGAAGCGCGAACAGGAAGUGGCGGCGCUGAAGAAGGCGAUGGACGACGAGGGGCGGGGCCACGAGGCCCAGAUCCAGGACCUGAGGCAGAAACACAGCCAGGUGGUGGAAGAGCUCAAUGAGCAGCUGGAGCAGGCCAAGAGGGUGAGAGCCGGUCUGGAGAAGGCCAAGCAGGCUUUGGAGAAGGAGGCCGCCGACCUCGGCGCCGACCUGCGAUCCCUCGCCAACGCCAAACAGGACGUGGAGCACAAGAAGAAGAAGCUGGAGGGUCAGCUGAACGACCUCCACUCGCGCUUCAACGAGAGCGAGCGGCAGAAGGCCGAGCUCGCAGAACGGGUCUCCAAGACGACCAUGGAGCUGGAAAGUAUGACGAGUGUCCUGAACGAUGCGGAGGGAAAGAACAUCAAGCUGAGCAAAGACGUCUCCGGCCUGUCCUCACAGCUCCAGGACGCACAGGAGCUGCUGUCGGAGGAGACCCGUCAGAAGCUGAACCUCUCCGGACGCCUCCGUCAGAUGGAGGAGGACCGCAACGGCCUGAUGGAGCAGCUGGAGGAGGAGACGGAGGCCAAGCGGGGCGUGGAGAGGCAGGUCUCCAGCCUCAACAUGCAGCUGUCCGACUGCAAGAAGAAGCUGGAGGAGAGCUGCGUGGCGGCGGAGAUGCUGGAGGAGGGAAAGAAGCGUCUGCAGCGCGAGUUGGAGGCGGCCAUCGGCGAGUACGAGGAGAAGGCCUCGGCCUACGACAAGCUGGAGAAGAGCCGCAGCAGGAUGCAGCAGGAGCUGGAGGACGUCUUCAUGGACCUGGACAGCCAGCGGCAGCUGGUGUCCAACCUGGAGAAGAAGCAGAAGAAGUUCGAUCAGAUGCUGGCGGAGGAGCGCGCCGUCUCCUGCAAGUUCGCGGAGGAGCGCGAUCGGGCGGAGGCGGAGGCGAGGGAGAAGGAGACGAGGGCGCUGGCUCUGGCCAGAGCUCUGGAGGAGAACCAGGGCGCUCUGGAGGAGGCAGAGAAGACGGUGAAGGCCCUCCGAGGCGAGAUGGAGGACCUCAUCAGCUCCAAGGACGACGUGGGGAAGAGCGUCCACGACCUGGACAAGGCCAAGCGCGGCCUGGAGGCCAUGGUGGACGAGAUGAGGACGCAGAUGGACGAGCUGGAGGACGAGCUGCAGGUCGCUGAGGACGCCAAACUGCGCCUGGAGGUCAACACUCAGGCCCUGAGGGCGCAGCACGAGAGGGAGCUGCACGCCCGAGACGAGAUGGGCGAGGAGAAGAGGAAGCAGCUCCUCAAACAGGUGCGUGAGCUGGAGGCGGAGCUUGAGGAGGAGAGGAAGCAGCGAGGCCAAACGUCUGGCAGCAAGAAGAAGCUGGAGGGCGAGAUGAAGGACCUGGAGGACCAGCUGGAGGCCACCAGCAGGGGGCGCGACGAGGCCGUCAAGCAGCUGCGCAAGAUCCAGGGCCAGGUGAAGGAUCUCCAGAGGGAGCUGGAGGACUCGCGUGCGGCCCAGAAGGAGGUCCUCUCCUCAGCCCGGGAGUCCGAGCGCAGAACCAAGGCCGUGGAGGCCGACGUAGUCCAGCUGCACGAGAUGUUGGCAGCUGCUGAGAGAGCUCGUAAGCAGGCGGAGAUGGAGAGAGACGAGCUGUCUGAGGAGCUGGCCAACAACUCCUCCGGAAAGUCUCUGCUGUCGGACGAGAAGCGUCGCCUGGACACCAAGAUCAGCCAGCUGGAGGAGGAGCUGGAGGAGGAGCAGGCCAACGUGGAGAGCCUCAACGAGCGGCUGAGGAAGAGCCAGCAGCUGGUGGACCAGAUGGGGGCGGAGCUGGCGGCGGAGCGCUCCACCUCUCAGAGCCGGGAGGCGUCCCGGCAGCAGCUGGAGAGGCAGAACCGAGAGCUGAAGGCCAAGCUGCAGGAGGUGGAGGGCCAGGGCCGGUCCAAGCUCAAGGCCUCCAUCACCGCCCUGGAGCUCAAGCUGAGGGAGGUGGAGGAGCAGCUGGAGAUUGAGAGCAGAGAGCGUCAGACAAACGCCAAGAACCUCCGUCAGAAGGAGAAGAAGCUGAAGGACCUGAGCAUCCAGAUGGAGGACGAGAGGAAGCAGGCGCAGCAGUACAAAGACCAGGCGGAGAAGGGCAACGUGCGGGUGAAGCAGCUGAAGCACCAGCUGGAGGAGGCGGAGGAGGAGGCGCAGCGGGUGGCGGCGGCCCGCAGGAAGCUGCAGAGGGAGCUGGACGAGGCGGCCGAGGCCAACGACGCGCUGAGCCGAGACCUGACCUCCAUGCGGAGCAAACUGAGGCGUGGCGGCGGGGGGGAGGCGGCGUUCAGCAGCCCGAGCCCCAGAAGCAGCGGCGGGGGGGGCGUGAGGAGCCUGAGCCUCGGGGGCAGCAUCAGCCGGAGGAGCACCGUCAGGGAGAACUCGGUGGAGCUGAUGGAGGAGGAGCCUCCGUCUCGGUCCCGGACCCCGUCCCCCCCUGUGGACCCCCGCGGGGAGGUCGACGCCUACUCCCCCGACGAGUAGACGCUUUCACGCUUAUGAUUUAAAUGAACCAAAAGUCCCACUAAUAACGUUCACGUUAUCAAAUAACAUUUCAUUAUUUUCUAAUCAUUUAAAUUAUUCAUUUUGAUGAAGUUCCAAACUUAACUUACGGAAAACUGAUCAAUAAUUAGUUCCAUAAAUGUGGGGGUUCCAGCUUCUAUGUGACGAUGUUCAGCUUUUUGUUGUCGUGCAUUAUGGGAACCUGAAGACUUUCUAAUAAGAAUUAAAAUGAUAUUUAAUAAUGUCAAGUACAAUGAAGUGUGAAGAUCCUACUUUCGUUUUAAUGUGGAAUUGAUCCAAAUACUCCAAAACCCAUGAGUUACAGUAAAGAUGAUGAAAUUAUCCUGAAAUCUAACCCCAAUGCACUCUGGGAUUUUAUAUGUCACAUGACAUCAUCACCCAAACCUCCCUCGUCUCUCCGGCUUCAUUAUUAACUUCUCGCCUUCCAUCUUCAUCUUCCCUUCUGAAAUAUAUACUUUUAAAAAAAGGAAGAAAAAAAACACCACUCAGGAAGUCAAAAAAAGAAAUUAAACUGGUCGAAGUGACUCUAAAACUCUAUUAAUGGGACACAUGCUUAAGUUAUUCAUUCAUUUAUUUCUAAUCCAGUCAGAGGGCUUCUAUGACGUCAUGUGACCAAACACUGGAGGUCCUGGUUUUCAUAACAUUUAAAUAAUAUACAAAUUGUUCAACUUUAUUUUGGGGGAAAUAAAUGUCUCUAUUUGAUAAAAUAAGUUAAAGUUAUGAAUCAAAAUAUCUUCUUAGUUUACAGCGGCACUAAAUAUUCAACAUAAAGACGCUUGAUUUUAGGUUUGGUGAAGAAUUUAUUUCCAAUGUUUGACGUAUUUAUGCAAAUCUAAUAUAUUUACUUUUAUUUAUGUUACAGGUAGUUAAAGAAUCCCAAAUGAUAUUAUUAUAAGUUCCCCGUUUCAGAUUCUGAUGCGUUGCGUGAAAAAGUGAAACAGAAGUUAAUCAAAUAAAACACUUUUUAUUUUACCCCAAGAACUCUUUUACUCUAUAUAAAUAUAUAUAUAUAUAUAUAAAUCUGUUGCACAUUAAAAAAAAAAUUGUCAGGAGAAUUUUGUAGCCUCUGAGAGAAAUGUCAAUUUAUAUAAAAAUAUUUAAUUUUAAAUAAAAAUUGAGCAAAGAUCAUUUCAAAUUAAGAACUAAAUGUAACAUUUUGUCUACAAAUCAAGACUCAUUAAAAACCUUCAGAUGACCUUCUGAGCAUCUUUAAACUUGAAAUGAAGACUUUUCACUUCCUCUGAAAAUGUUCUCUCAGAUUUUCUAUUUGGAAACUAAACGUGACAUUUUAUUUGCUUAUUCUGGAGAUUAUUCUGUGUGAUAUUUAAUAUUUAACAAUGGCUGCUGUGACUUUCUGAUUAAACUGCUUCUAAACCCUCAAA